GUCGGUAAAGUUAGCAGGGCAAAAAAAAAAAAAAAAAGGCCAACAUUUUAAGAGAUUGCUGUUGAGUGGGAGUACAGGAUUGGUUCUAUUUCAUGGAGGCAACAAAAGAAGGCACUGGAUUCCUUGACCAGAUCGUGCCUCCUCGCCUGGAAGACGCGGGCCUCGAGGACUGUGCCCUCCCGCCUGACUUAAUCAAAGAAGCCUUCCUCAAAGCAGCUUCUGCUGUCAAGUCACGUGCGACCUCCAUCUUUUCAGAAGAAGAUGAAUCCGCUGAAUGCGUCCAAGACCCUUGGCCGGAGGAGGCUAAAUUCGCUUCUGACAAGCUGGUCGGUGUGCCGCCGGUACCGGGAGCGUCGGAUGCGUUGGUGGGAAUAGACAUGGGAAACGAGACGCCGGGAUCAUGUGUGGCUGAGAAAGGCGGUGGAGUGGUGGAAGAGGGCGGGGAUAAGGUAGUCGUGGUUGGUGGUGACGUGGAGGAGAAAGAGAAUGAGAGAGGUGGUUGUUUGGGUGAUGGGCUGAAGAAGAAAGAAGAGAAUGGUAGCGAGGAGGAGGAGGGGGGCAGAGCAGGUGAUAGGCCAACUUUGACUGAAGGUUUUAUUUAAAAGAAAAAAAAAACUAGGUGUUUUUGUUUGUUUAGUUUGGAUUGCUUGAAGUUCAGUUCUGUAAGAAACUAGAUGUUGUGUUGGGUGAUUUGUAUUUUGUAAAAUCUAACGUUAAUCAUCAAGUUUCUUGAGUUUUUGAACUUGCUCUUUAUUUCUGUUCAUCAACUGCGUCAACACUAUAUUCCAAAUAAAUGUAUGGCUUGAGUGGACAGCAUUCUCGUGUU